GUUGUCAGUGUGGACUUGGUGAAGGCGGCAGCUUCAGCUUGUUAGAAACUGACCACGGCUUUUAGGAGCACAGCGUUUCACGGAACUGGAGUAAGGACGAGGGAAGUGGCGAUAGGGUUUAGGAAUUGACGGACCCGGGGAGGAGGAGGAGGAGGAGGAGGAGGAGGAGGAGGAGGUGCAUGCGCAUUGGAAAGAACUCAUCCAGGUCAUAUUUUUCCAGAAUUUCAUAUCUCUGCCAGCGACUUUCGCGUCAUCGUCAUCGUCAUCGUCAUCGUCAUCGUCAUCGUCAUCGUCAUCGUCAUCGUCAUCGUCGUCCGGCUCUUGCCACACGCCAGUCAGCUCUGCUCGGACAUUCGGCCAUGUCCGUGACCCUGCACACCAACCUGGGCGAUAUCAAGUGCGAGCUCUUCUGCGACGAAGUGCCUAAAGCAUGCGAGAACUUCCUGGCCCUGUGUGCGAGCGGUUACUAUGACACCACCAUCUUCCACCGCAACAUCCGGGGGUUCAUGAUCCAGGGCGGCGACCCCACAGGCACCGGCCGAGGGGGGCAGUCCAUCUGGGGCGGCAAGUUCAAUGAUGAGAUCCGCGAGUCCCUCAAGCACAACGUGCGUGGAAUACUUUCGAUGGCCAACAGUGGGCCCAACACCAAUGGCAGCCAGUUUUUCAUUUCAUACGCCAAGCAACCGCAUUUAAACGGGCUCUACACCAUCUUUGGCAAGGUCAUACAUGGCUUUGACGUUCUCGACCUCAUGGAAAAGACAAAGACAGGUCCAGGAGACAAGCCUCUUGCGGAGAUUCGGAUUAAUAGAGUAACAAUCCAUGCUAAUCCUUUGGCUCUUUGAUAGAAUGGUUUGCAUGUACCUACGCUGUAGUGUAGUCGGCAAGCAACAUUUCAUUUGUCUGCCAGGCCAGACCUUCCCAGGGUCGUACCUGUCAGUGAAGCGUGCGGUCGUUUUUGUUGCUCUGUUCGU